UUCUCAGGAAACUCCUUUCGUCCAUUCAACGAUCUCUUCUCGAAGAUUCGCAAUGGGGUGUUGCGAUCUCUUUCACUCGCAUUCCAGUUCGUCCAGUGGAAAGGGCGACUUGCGCGUGUGUGCGAGAGAGUGUGUGUGCGUGCCUGAGGAUAACGUCAAAGUGUGGUGUUUUGUAUUUUUAUCCCUCAACUGCAUUUUUGCCCAAUUUUCUCACCCCAAAAAUGCUAGAAGCCCGCGAAAAGAGUACAUAAGUGUCCAGUGCAUGGCUGAACACUGUCGGAAGGUCGAUUUGGUGUGCAGAAGGACGGGAAAAGUGCAUUGAAAGAGUCAGAUUGGUCGCAAGCUUGGCUCUCUUGUUCGCCAUACAUUGCCUUCUCUGUAUGUAUGUCAAUAAUCUCGGUGGAAUGUGACAAAUUAUGUGCAUUUUCCCCAAGUGCCUCGCACUCGAGUAAGUGUCUGGCGGCUGAUGUGCUGGUGAGGCUGGCCAGGCAGUUGGAAAAUGCAUCGCAGACGCAAGAAGAGGCCCAGCUAUGGGACUCGCACGGUCGAGGUGUGUCGUGGCAUUAAUGGGUUUGGCUUCACCAUCUCCGGACAGCAGCCCUGCAUCUUGUCGUGCAUCGUGAGCAACUCUCCGGCCGAUCUGGCGGGUCUGCGCGCCGGAGACUUCCUGAUAUCCGUGAACGGGCUGAAUGUGUCGAAGCUGCCCCACGAAGCGGUGGUGCAAUUGAUCGGGAAUUCCAGCGGCAGCAUCCGGAUGACCAUUGCCGAGAACUACUUCUCGGACAGCUCGGACGAGGAUCAGGUCACCAUCCACAGCAAUGUGCAGCGCGUGAGGCCCAAGUAUCACAACAAGAUAAAGGCCAACAGAGCCAUGAUGAGGCGCUCGAUGGAGGAGAGAAACAGCCCGUCGACGAUCCUGUCGGACUUUGCGCUGCACAAUCUCGCCCUCCGGCAGAUCAGGGAGAACGAGGCUUUGAUGCCGCUCUCGCCAACUGCUCACGACAUCAUCCUGAGCCCAAACGCCAGCAACAGCAGCGACGUGCGCAACGUGAGUGCCAUGGUGAGGAGCUCGAACAAGUCUCGCGAGGAUCUGCGUGUGAAGCCCAUGGCGCCCAAGAUGACGCGCCUGCGCGAGUACCGAGUGAUCGUGGGCUAUCUGGGCACAGUGGAGGUGCCUAGACAAAUAGCAGUGGCCGGAUCGAAGCUGCAAACGGUGCGCGGAUGCAUCCGGAAGCUGAGGCACGAGAAGAGAGGCGUCACCACCGUUCUCAUGACCAUUCUGCCCAACUGCAUGACCCUGAAGAACUGCGGCGACAUCUUGCUGGCCACAUUCCCCGCCGGCACCAUCAAUUAUGUGAGCAGUGGCUCACAGAACGACAACAGAUUCUUUGGCGUGAUCACAUCGGGACUUUACUCCGAUGGGCUGAUGUGUGAUCCUACGGAAGUAAUUUUGCGGCACACGACAUCACACAGCUGUCAUGUGUUCGCCAUCGACACGAGAAUCACUGAUCACUCCUGGCAUUUCGAGAAAGUCAACCAAUUCAAGAUCACCUGCUCAAGAGAUCCACUUACGAACACCUGUCAAGAAGUGCCGAGUACAUCGGAGUAUGUGGUCAAUUUGCUGCGCAGCAUGUACACUCUCAAGUCGCUGGGCAGCCGUCAGGAGGCUGGGAUGCACUUCCGCACGAAACCACCCAUGGGCAGGGGAGUGCGCGAGCACAGACUCAAUCCGCGCGCUCUGGACGAUCACGAUUUCAUGGCGAACUCACCGCAGCCGAGCAACCACAGCGAGAUCACCACCACUUCCAGUAACUCAGACUCCGGGAUUGGCUUCCACAACGACUGCCCGAACCUCUCGGAUCGCGUGCUCGUGGUGGACUUCCCGGGCAUUCAGAACCACAAGCUGAUUCCCAGCUUCCGUCCGAAUCCCAUCGGCAGCAGCGACACUUCUCUGCGUUCGUGUGGAUUGUCCAGCGCCCAGCAAGAGUCUGAAUCUCUAGGCCGCAAAUCCUCCAUUGUGGAGUCAAUUGAGGGCAAGCUGAAGCCUCAUCACUCUAAAUCCAAGUCUGCAGAUAACAUUCCUAGGCCGUCCACGUCCAGAGACGCUGAUCCCAGGCUCACAGUGAGAGCCAUGCCGGAUCCCAAGAUGUUCAGCGAUCUGGGUCGCGACGAGGCGUCAGGCUAUGAGAUGGUCUUCCCCAUUUUGCCGCUGAAGUACUGGCUCUCCGGCAAAGUGGUGGACGACGAGGGAAAUAUCGUGCAGGAGAAUCCGGUGGAUGUGCCUCAAUCCGCAAACCGUCCAUUUAGCUGUGAAACCGAGGAGUCCACGGAGGAUAAGCAGAAGAAGUUCCUCCAGACCGCUCGCUCUUGCGAUGACAUGAUACUCACGCUGGAGAAGGAGUUCGACAACAAAGUGAAUCUCAUGAAGAUGUCCCUGGAUGAUGUGUCGGUGCUGGAAACAGCGCCGAAGCCGCCAAAAGUGCCUGACGUGAAGGAGGAUCACGUCUUCUUGCCGCCAAUGCCAGUGAAGAAGUCACGAAAGUCUCACGAUGGACGGAAGAGCAGCAACAUGAACAAGAUCAUGUCGUACAAAUUGAGCCCCAAAGUCUUUGGGCUGUCACGACCGGUGUCGGCGAGUCUGGAGAAUAUUGCGCGAUCGUUCAGCAAGAAGACGCCCGACAGUGCCAAGGACUUGAACAGCAAUUUUGGCAGCCUGAAGGAUCUGAAAGAUGACGAGUGCACAUUAAGGAGGAAUCUGCUGGACAGCAAUGCUUACAGUGAACCAGAUCUGCGAUCGUCAGAAGAUACUCGCGCUCUCCCUACCAAUUCGGGUGGUUCACCGUUCAGGCGAUGGGGUCAGUCGUCGUUUAGGUCACGAUCAAAUGAGCAGCGCAAUCUCCUCCCCAGGAGGCCAUCGUCGCUGGCCGCGUCCGAGAGUGAUGUUUACACAAAGUCCAUCAACGGUGAGGCGGCGACGGGCAGGAUGAAGGGGGAGUUCUCGGGUGAAGCCAGCGAAUCUGGCGGCGUGUCUGGAUGGAGCAAUUCGUUCGAGCGACUGCUGGAAGACACGGCUGGUCUGCACGCGUUCGCGGAGUUCCUGAAGAAGGAGUUCUCGGCGGAGAACAUCUACUUUUGGACGGCGUGCGAGCGCUAUCGGCAGAUUGAGGACCAGACUGAGAGGGCGAAGGAGGCGCAGGAGAUCUUCGCCAAGCACUUGGCAUCGACAGCGCAGGAGCCCGUGAAUGUGGACUGCCAAGUGAGGACGGCGGCUGAGGGAAAUCUCCAGUGCGCCAGUGUUGAUCUCUUUGAAGCGGCCCAGAAGCAGAUCUUCAACUUGAUGAAAUUCGACAGCUAUGCGCGAUUCAUUCGAUCGGAUCUGUUCAAGAGCUGCCUCGAGGCGGAGUCCAAGUGCAAGCCACUCCCGUAUCCCGGUGAUCAGUUGGACGUGGGCUUGCGCACGGGUCCAGUGAUGCCGACGCCGUCCAAGCUGAAGAAGUCACUGAGCAAUGCUGAGGAUCGUCGUCGGAAGUCUCUCUUGCCGUGGCACCGCAAGACUCGCUGCAAGUCAAAGGAUCGCGAUGAUCUGAGUGUGGGCAGCAAGGGCAGUAGCCUAAAGGUGCCACUGAUGAACUACAACAGUGAUCUGCACAGCUCGCGCAGCUCGCUCUCCAGCUUCGAUGCGGCCAUCACGAAGCUGAGCACGACUGAGGAGGAGGGCAAGAGUGCGCUGUGCAGAGUGAUCCUGCCGGACGCCGCCACGACAAUCGUGCAGACGCGCGCCGGUGAGACGAUGAGGGAGCUGGUGGACAGACUCCUGGACAAGAGGGGGCUGAUUUACAACAGCUAUGAUGUGUUCCUGGCGGGAUUCAGCAAGGCGCUGGAUUUGGAGGACUUGUCGCGCAAUGUGGCGGGAAAGGAGGUGCAGAUCGAGCAGAGAGUGGUGUUCAAGCUGGAUCUGCCCAACAGGAAGGUGAUCUCAGUGAAGAGCAAGCCCGGGAAGGUGCUGGAAGACGUGUUCCGGCCCAUUCUGCACAAGUACAACUACCGCCUCGACAUGGUGCAGGUGUUCGGGAAAGAGUCUCCAGAUCCCAUCGAUGUGAAAGUGGCUGUAACGUCGGUUGAUGGACAGAGAUUGCAAAUAGUAAUCAAGACAAGCGAUGGCGGUAACAAUGUGAAGCAAACGAGCAAAUUGGCCUCUGCUGGAGCCAUGGAUGGUGGCAAUUGUGAUGUUGCGCAAUUGAAGAGCGCCCUGGCAAUGCAGCACUAUCCGUGCAUGACCGGCAACCUCAACCAGAGCACUCUCGAUGAGAUCACCAACAAAGUGUUCAACGAGCUGCUCCAGGGAAAGGUGGAAACGCUGGCGGAAGCAUCUGGCGCCACUGGACUGGAUAAUGCCUUUCCCAGGGCCACGAUUGAUCAGCUCUCGAUGAAGUCUGAAGAGUGGGGAUCGGAGGCCUCUUCGGGGAUCUUCUCCAGGGCGCGUCGGCAUGAGAUCCUGCCCAAGCAUCGAGGGCGAAAAGUGGUGCAGUCGCAGAAGAACUCCCAGACGGAGUCUGAGGACAAUGGUGAUGGCAUGAAGAAGCCCCUGAUUGCCAAAUGGAAGAGCGGGGCGAAGUUGCAAGUGACGACGAGGAGUAGUCCGGGUGGAGAUGAUCUGCUGGAGGGCUUGAAGAGGGCUCAGCGAUCGCGCCUUGAGGAUCAGCGCGGCACGGAGAUUAACUUCGAAUUGCCGGAGUUUCUGCGGAACAAGGAGAACAUGAACAGCAAUAAGAGUCGUCGCGAUAGUCGCUUCGAGGAAGCGGCAGGCAGUGAGGAUGUCAGUCAUCGGAGAGAGUCCAGCGAUGGCGUUUCUGGCUUCCCGCCCAGACCGCAGCCCGCGCCGAGGCUGUCCAUCAUCAACAAGAACAGUGGCAAUCACGCCGCUGCACUUUCACCGCGCACUCCGCCGCCAUCCGUGAGUCUGGCGAGCAACAACAACGAGGCGUCCGGUGGAAACUACAGCAAUUCGGCGGUGAUCGAGAGAUCGCUGCUGCAACUUCUGGAAGCGUCGCCGCAGGCGAGCGCCGCUGAGAAGCUGGACAACAGCGCAUAUCUCACGCCAUCGCGCACCGGAUUCACAGAUCCUGAGCUGUUCUACGGACGCCAGACCGGCGACAGGAGUGCCUUUAGACACGGUGAUCUCCUCAAUUCCAGCUUCAGCAGCACGACGACGAACAACAGCACGAAUUACUUCGAGGAAAUGGGCGGAUUUGGUGGCGAGAUGGAAAUGCAGGGUGCCAGAGGACCGCCUCCGCUGCCGCCCAAGCCCAAGAUGGUGCCCAUGAAGCCCUCCAACUGGAGCCAGAGCGCUCAGCGCCAGAAGCAGUCCAGAUUGUCUGCGGCGAGUAUGGAGGAGAGAUUCAAAGUGGCCGCAGAAAUGCCGCGGAUGAGCGAGAACACGAGGAAGCAAAAGAAUGCGUACUUUGAUCAGCCCAGCAGCAGUUUUGUCUGAAUUUACUAGCACUUAAGGACAACUAUACUUUCUUACUUCUUGAUAAGUUAAGUGGAAUAUUUAGGAAAAAGUGCCAAUCGCGGAGGAAACUUCUGAAAUUUAUAAAUUUCUAUUUAUACUGCUGAUAUUUUAUAGAAUCUAUACUUGGAUAUUCUCUAUUUUUUAUCUAAUAAAAAGAAACAAGAUAUUUAA